AAUGAAAUUAAUUAUAUUAUGCAGUGCGUGGACGCAAAUGCAGAUGGCCGCAUCGACUUCUAUGAAUUCACUGAGCGCUUUUACAAUCCGGCCAAGGAUAUCGGUUUCAACGUCGCCCUUCUCCUCACCAACCUCUCAGAACAUAUUCCUUUCGACCCCCGGUAAGCCGUUCUCCCUUACUUGA